AUGGGCAACGAACUCCCCGCAAGCAUUCCCACCAGGGCGACGGCGACGACCACCGAGCACGCCUCGCGCACACCACAGCACCUCGCGACGACGACAGCUCUCGCCCUCACCAGCGCACUCAGCACGCUCUUCGCGGUCGCGCAGCUCUCCAAGGCCCACCCGCCGCACUACCUCUGGGCCGUGCUGGCCGCGGGCCUGGCAACGACCGCGCUCCUCCUCGACCUGGCGCUCGUCGCGCUGUGCGGCGCGAUGCCGGUGCGCGUGCUCGCGCUCGUGUUCUGUACCGUCGCGACGCUCGUCUCCUUUGCCUUUGCGUGCGUGUGGGGCGGGCAGACUUGGGCCGUUUAUGCCGGCUGCGGAGGGGCGACGGUCGUCGCUGCGUACCGCGUCGUUACGCUCUGGCCACGGCAGCGCGAGGGCGAGCAGGCGGCGCGGAGCGAGCAGGAGAGCAUGGUGGGCAAGACGGCGGCCAAGCAGGACGGGACCGACAUGUGCUGUGAGUCGCGGUUGUCGGAUCCAUUGCUGACCCUGCAGAGUGUAUUGUACCCCAAGACCCCAAUCCAAUUCAGUUGCAUACGCGAUGCACGGUAUACAAAGCCACGACGCCGCGUCUAA